AUGGAAUACGCCGUUGCUGGUCAGGUCCUGGACCAACUGGACGCCCACUUUGCUGAAACUUCCGGCCAGACUGAACUUGAGAGAGAAACUACUGCCAUCAAGCAGUUGGUGAACUGCUUCCUCUUCCCCCUGGUGGAGCGUUCCCGCGUGCUGGAACAACUUCGUGUGAGGGAGAAGCGCUUCAUACAGGCUUCGAAGGAGGCAUUCAAGACGACCGUGAAAGACGUCUCUGAACGACUCACUGCACCAUCGAUUCCGUUGGCCGAGGAAACCCACGACGGGGAUGAGCAUGAGUUACCUUCGUGA